AUGUCCAAGUGCCCCUACACGACUGACGCGGCCGGUCAUCCGUUGGAUGACCAAAACGCUGCGCUUCGUGCGGGCUCCACCGGCCCCUUGGUCGUGGAUCCCCGUCUUUACGAGCACAAUGCCAUCUUCAACCGUGAGCGCAUCCCGGAACGCGUGGUCCAUGCCAACGGGGCCGGUGCCUUUGGUACCUUUCGUGUGACAAAGGACGUGUCACAGUACACCAAGGCGAGCUUUCUGAGCUCCGUCGGCAAGGAGACCAAGAUUGCCGCUCGCUUCUCCACGGUGGCUGGAGAGCGCGGCUUUGCCGAUGCCGACCGUGACGUCCGCGGCUUUGGCGUUCGCUUUUAUACCGACGAAGGCAACUUUGAUCUGGUCGGCAACAACACACCCAUCUUCUUUGUGCGUGACCCCAACAAAUUCCAAGACUUUAUUCACUCGCAAAAGCGCAACCCACAGACAGAUCUGCGUGACUGGGAGGCGCGCUGGGACUUUUGGUCUUUGUCACCCGAGUCAGUGCAUCAGGUGCUGAUUCUCAUGUCUGACCGCGGCGUGCCUCGUACCUACCGCCAUGAGCAUGGCUACGGAAGCCACACGUUCAGCCUCAUCAACGAUAAGGACGAGCGGGUCUGGUGUAAAUGGCACAUGCGCACCAACCAAGGCUAUGAGACUCUUGCCGAGGAGGAGGCACAAAAGGUGCGUGGCGCCAACCCGGACAGCCACAAGGAUGACCUGUUCCAUGCCAUUGAGCGUGGCGAGUACCCAUCUUGGAAGGUGUGCCUUCAGAUCAUGACCGAUGAGCAGGCCAAGAAGAUGGACUUUGACAUUUUUGAUCUCACCAAGGUCUGGAGUCACAAGGAAUUUCCCCUGAUUGAAGUUGGCGAGAUGACUCUGAACCGCAACCCCCAAAACUACUUUGCCGAGGUCGAGCAAUUGGCUCUUUCGCCGGGCAACUUGGUGCCCGGCAUUGGCGCCUCCCCUGACCCCAUGCUGCAGAUCCGCCUGAUUGCCUACACCGAUGCCGCCAAUUACCGCCUGGGCGUCAAUCAUUACCAGCUACCUGUCAACGCCCCCGUCUGCCCGGUGUCUCACAAGAAGUACCGCGAUGGGCUCAUGAACCCGAGUGCAAACAGCGGGGGCCACCCAAACUACCAGCCCAACAGCAUGGACAAGUACCCAACCUUCAAAGAGGGUUCCUGGGAACCUCCGCUCCCACUCGACCAAGCCGUCGUUCAGCGCAAGCGUCAGGGUCAACCGGAUGACGUCUACUUCCAGCCCCGUGCCCUCUUUCAGAUGUUUGAGAAGGACCACAAGGAGCGUGUGUACAAGAACGUGGCUGGCACUAUGAAGGGCAUCAAGCAAGAGAUUAUCGAGCGUCAACUCGAAGUUUUCGGCAAGGUUGAUGCUGAGCUGGAGCAAGGCAUCCGCGUUGCCCUGGAACAGGAGGCCUAA